AAACGACUCACGCAGCAAUUUUUCACAUUUCUUUACUUCUUCUUUUUAUCUCCUCACUUUUACUCUUGACUUACAAUUGCGUUUGAUGGCCGCAAUUUCUCUUGAUCGCAGGAUUGUUAAAGAGGGGGCUUUUGCUCACAGUUUGCCGCGUGGUACCCUCAGGCAAGACACCGCAUCGAAGAGCCAGUUCUGUGUUUGCCCCUCUUGUAAGGGGAAGAUGAUUCUGCCCGAAGACUACUCAGUCUUCGACAUCUUGAAUGUUUUCAGGUGUCGUCUCUUCAUCUCCCGAUCAGAUUUGGUCGGGCACACAGUUAUGGCUACAAAGUCAGAGAUGGGGCAGUUUACCUGGUUGACUCUUCGGCCAGUUUACCAUUCCAUGGUUGUAAAAACCGCCCUGUGUACACUUUUUGGGGACCAUUACUAUCCCCGCUUGGUCGAUAAGAUCAAGUCUGUUUUAUUUGUAUAUCUUCUCGAAGUAGCGAAUGAGGAGGCACCUGAUGCCUUCUUUGCCCUUGAGAAAGGCAGCACGACUCACAACCGUGCCAAUCGUGAAAAGAAAAGGCUUGCUCGUAAGCACUCGAGAGCAGCUAAGAGAGAACGUACGCGCAUUUUGGAGAAGGGUGGGCAUGUGGCGGUCGCGCUUCGGCGUGAUCCGACAGUGGACCCGUUGGCCUGCCCCUCCUGUGCGAAGACAUUCAGAUCUCGAAAGCAGCUUAAGAAACAUACUUGCAAGAAGUCAGCUGAGGAUCCACCCUCUGCUGCAAACAUUGACUCAACAGAAGGACCUGCGGUAACUGUCCCGUCGCAGGAUGUCAGUGUGGCUGUUGAAGCUGAGAGUUCUGGUUCCGUCCCGGUUCUCGCUAUUCCUCAGGUUCCAGAGGGACCCGUUCGGCAGGAGGCUCUUGAGAGCCACACUGCACCACACUUCGCUGUGUGGGCUCGGGAGAAUGGAGUGCCCAGGGUAUGUGAGGAUUGUGAAGCCAAUGCUGUGUCGGUCGUCUUGCAUGGUAAUUACGAGACGGCCUGCUACCUGAAGUGUUUCUUGCAUGACAGGGGCCGCGGUUCGCGCUGGGGUUCCGAUUAUGAUUGGUAG